AUGGCAUCCAUGUGCGGGAGCAGCAAGGGCCAUCCGGCGUUGACCACCAGCAGCUUCUACAGACCGGGUGCCUACCCCUACCAGAAUGAUUACUACAUGCCACCGAGAUCGGCCUGGUCGAGGGUACCACCGCACACGUCGAAGAUGAACAGGGCCAGCUCGACCUGGAAAGUCGGCAGCGCGAUGCUCAUCAUAAUCGCGAUGCUCGUCCUUAUAGCCGUCUUCGCCAUCGCUGGACUGGCUUUAUGGAUGGGAGCACUCCGGACAGACACGAAAAGUGCGAUCGUUGGCUUCGUGGGCAGCUUCAGGGUGACGAGGGGCGAGAAGUUCAAUCCCAUGCUGAAGCUCAACACGAGCAUGGUGUUUCGAGAGAAGGAACAAAAGUACAGGAACAUCUUCGAGCUGCUGUUCCGGAGAAGUUUGCUGGGUCCGUCCUACAAGCAGACUAUCAUCGACAAGUUCGAAAACAACACUCUCAAGGUCUUCUUCAGGCUGUACCUGGACAGGAGGAAGAUCCCGAGAUCGAUAACCAACGUCGAGGACACGAUCGUCGACAUCAUUGCCAAGGAGACCUACUCGGUGGCCUCGCUGUUCAAGGACAUGGAACUCGACCUCACGAGCAUCAUCGUCAAAAGGAUAAACCCCGAUGGCGUGCCGAGUCCGAGCAAGCCGCCAGCCCCGACGCAGCAGCGCAACACGAUGAUCACCAAAAAUGGAAUUCUGCGUCCAAAUCGCAACAUAUCCAUCAUCACGAACCCGAAACUCAAGUCUAAGCCCGAAGCCGUGGAGACGCAGGUAGAUCCCGAGUCGGAGAUUGACUUUGCCAACAUACCGACGAUCAAGGGCACCUACACCGCGACCAAGAUAAACGCCAGCUCGGCUGGUAAGAAACCAGAACCUGCCGACGAGUCCAAACCGUCGAGAAGCACAACCACCACCACCACCACCACCACUGAGGUGAGCACUACAGUGGAUGUAACUAGCUCGACCAUGUCCUCAACCACGACAACGACGACGGUAAAGCCUAGCAGCAGUACGAGCGAGAAAGCAGCGCUGGACCUUCAUUUCAACGAGUUCCACGAGCCUGAUUUCGAGACCUCGCCCUGGCGGCCAAUCAUACCGCCGUACCUCAACGCGGACGUUAAGCCCGGUCUGAACGUCGUUACGACAUCGUCGACGACCACCUCUACGACCACGACGACGAGCACGGCGAGGCCAAAGAUCGAUGAUACAGCCGAUGUGAAGAAGCAGUCGAGUCUGCCCUCGAGCAACACCCUUUUACCGCCGAUGCUGAUCACAGUGGACGAGGAUAGUGUCUUUCCGCACGACCGCAUAGUCCCCCAGGAGAUGAUCAAUUUCCGGGUGAACGGCAAAUUCAAGGACAAAAUGCCCGACAGCGCGCCCCCGGUCGAGGUGUCCAGCAGCGGCCCCGAAGACGAGACUAGUGUCCAGGUGUCGAGCUUCCCAGGUUUCUAUGACGAGACGGACGAGCAGCCGACUUUGCUCACGGGCAUCGGCGUCGCUGAGCCCGUCCUCGACUCCGAACUAGAAUUGGAGAGUAGGAACAAGUACAGCGACAUCGUGGCCGAGGAUCCGGUAGAGGACACCAGCAGGCAGCCGGUCUACACGAGCUACAGGACGCCUGACCUCAACGGCGGUUCAAAACCGCCCCUCGUCCGGGUGCCUGGAACUUUGAAGCCCUUCAGUCACACCAUACCCGUGGACAAGAUCAACAUCCCGGCAAACGACGAAGCCGCCGAGCCCGUGAAAAUCGAAAAACCAAUAAUCACCAAGGGCCAGGGUAUGAUACCGAACCUCGAGAGGAUCGUGGAGAUCGAGACGUUUGUCAAGGACGCCAGUGAGGAGCAGAAGAACGCGACGGCCUCCAACGCCGAUGGGGCCCCCAAGACGACGACAGUUGAGCCCGUUGGCGAUAACAACGAGAACGGGACCAGGAACUCGACCUUCAUCAAGGUCGACAUAAUCAAGCACGUACCGACCGCGACUAAUCUCACCGGUGAGAGCUCCACUCCUGAGAGCCCAAAGAACCCCCACAACGACACCUUGAAGCCCAACGUGGUGAUCGAGCUAGUGACUCUGGCCCCUGUAAAAAGCAACAUAGGUGGUGUCGGACAGCCGGUGGGUCCACGGCCAAAGGUGGACCAGGAGAGCCGCCCCCAAGUGACCGAGUCGGAGAACAGGACGCUGAACUCCAGCAACCCGGAUGACACAGAUCUGCUCGACCAGCUGUUCGGUCUGCAGAGCGCCGGUCCACCCAAACCGGAGAACAAUAAGCCGGCAGUCGAGCAGAUCGUCGAGGUGGUGACCUCCAUAAGCACAAAAAUCUCAUCGAGUAUCAAGGCCGACCAGAUGAUCCUGAAGCUCGUGAUCAGCAAUGCUACGUCCGACGACAACUCGACGGAGUCGACCCAGCAGCUCAACUCCGACCGGAAGAUCGCGGCCACGCACCAGGACAAGGACCAGUUCCUCGUCGAGAGUCUGCGUAAGCUCGCGGAGGUACGGACCGGCGACGAGCCACCGCUCGUUAAACGUCCCAGGAACGAAUCGGCGCCACCACCGGUGCGGCUCCAGAGGCCGGAGAACCUCCUGGACCUCGAGAAACUAAAAAAAAUCGCCGACGUGGUAGCCAACGCGACCGGUACCAACUUUACCCUCAGCAGGGAUGGCGUGCCCGUGAUGACGAAGCCGCUCAUCAGAGCCGAGGAGAGGAGUGACAAGAUGAUGCCCGCUACAGAGGAAAAACGAACACUGGGGACGUGCACGGGUUACCGGUGUGGCGACGGCAAGUGCCUACCGGCUGGCGCGCGCUGCAACAUGCUCGGCGAGUGUUCCGGCGCGGAGGACGAGGCCAAUUGCACUUGCGCCGAUUUCCUUAGGGCCCAGGAGCCCGGGAGUAAGAUCUGCGAUGGCACCGUCGACUGCUGGGACUACUCCGAUGAGACGGACUGCGAUUGGUGCCAAGCCAGCCAGUUCGUGUGCGGCAACAGCAGGACCUGCGUAGAUCAGUCCCGGGUGUGCGACGGUGAACGCGACUGUCCACACGGGGAGGACGAGAAGCGCUGUGCCGCCCUGAUAGACGACGAACCAAAAUUCUCGAGUUCGAGCGACUCGAGGACGUACCGUGACUUUUUCGCCAAGGGGAGUAGUCGCGAGCCGAACGAUGACGACAACGAGGAGGAGGAGGAGGAGAGUACCACGGUAGGGACGGACGUGCAGGUGUCGGGACGGGAGAUAUCGCCGUCGAAACUGGGGAAGAAUGGCCUGACGAGGGGAGCCCCGAGGCCGGAGGUGGGAUCAGCCACGCCAUUCGCGAGGGCUGGGAUGGAACUGAGCAGUUACAACGACCAGGGCUUUCUGAGCGUCAGGAAGAACGGCAAGUGGGGCAGGCUGUGUCUCAGCGACUCGGGGGGUCUGCUGCAGCGUGGCAAGCUCAGCUGGACCAUAGAGGAUCUCGGCAGAGCCGUCUGCAGGGCCAUCACCUAUCGAGACUUCGACAAAGCAGAGGUGCAAGGGGACAAGGCAUCGAUCGAAAAGACGUACUACAGUCUGGCGCUCAACGACGACAGGACGACCGACAGGACGAGCUUGACUUUUAAGAGGACCAAGUGCUCGGGUGGCCAGGUACUCAGGGUAAAGUGCAAGAACUUUGAGUGCGGCAUCAGGACCCAAGUGCCAUCUCAGGCAAGGAUCGUCGGGGGUGGCAGCUCGUCGGCCGGUAGUUGGCCCUGGCAAGUGGCGCUCUACAAGGAGGGAGACUACCAGUGUGGCGGGGCCAUCAUCGGCGACAGGUGGAUCGUUUCGGCAGCGCACUGUUUCUACCGAGCCCAAGACGAGCACUGGGUAGCGCGAAUCGGUGCCACGCGCAAGGGCAGCUUCCCCAGUCCGUACGAGCAAGUCAUCCGGGUGGACUACAUCCUGCUGCACCCGGAGUACGUGGACAACGGCUUCAUCAACGACAUAGCCCUGUUGAGGCUCGAGAAACCACUCGAGUUCAGCGAUUACGUGAGACCCGUUUGUCUUCCCGCUGCGGAACCCGAGAGCGGCGCCAUCGGUACCGCCACCGGCUGGGGUCAGCUCUACGAGAUCGGACGCAUGUUCCCUGACACUCUGCAGGAAGUAGAGUUGCCCUUGAUCUCGACUGAGGAGUGCCGCAGAAAGACGCUCUUCCUGCCUCUGUAUAGGAUCACUUCGGGAAUGAUCUGCGCCGGUGUUAAGGAUGGUGGGAGGGACGCUUGCCUCGGGGACAGCGGCGGUCCGCUUGUCUCUCUGGAGUCGGAUAACAAGUACACCUUGCACGGUAUAACGUCAAACGGUUAUGGAUGCGGUCGUCCGGAUCGACCGGGAGUCUAUACCAAGGUGUACCACUACAUGGGCUGGAUCGAGAGAGUCAUGUCGCGGACGGAUGUGCCGUCGACGGUGACGAGUUGCAAGGGCCAUCGGUGCCCUCUUGGCGAGUGUCUGCCCCGUUCGAGGGUCUGCAAUGGAUACCUGGAGUGCAGCGAUGGUAGUGAUGAGCGCAACUGCAGCUCGUCGACUCAGUAACUACGAGACUUUUUGUAUUAUUAACGUAAUAAUUAU